CUACCCACUUGGCUAUUAUUACCAAAUUCCUCAGUAUCAGCAAAAUGGCUUCUCAAAAGCUUUACAUUCCGCCCGAUGGCAUAUCAGUACGACUCGCCAAUUUGAAGAGCCACCGUGUUCUCUUCUCAAGGUCCCAUGAGGCGCCAUACUUUGGACAUCACCCUUUAGCGGACGUCUGCGAUGACCAAUGGUGGAAGAUCAUUCCGGGUACAGGUUCUCGUGAAGGAACAUACCUUAUAAAGAGCGAUGUGACUUCAGAAGUGCUUUACUCUCGGUCGAACAAUGCACCAAACUUCGGAACUGAUGGUGGAAACGGGUCUUAUGACGACCAAUGGUUCGUUUUCGAGGCUGGCAUAGGCAGGCGGGCCAGCUACUUUCGCAUCAAGGCUCCAUCGACCAACACCGUGGUGUUCUCACGUGAUGCCGACCCCCAAUUGUCUAGUCAUCCGGCUGAUGGGACGGUUUCUGAUGACCAAUACUUCACCUUCAUGAUGGAAGAUAUGGUACUCGACAGCAUGGUGUUUCAUGAAACCGGAGGCGUCAUCGGAGGCACGUCACCGAGCUCCCUGGGCAAGCAAACAUUGCCAAACAGGUCGUCUACCCCUCAGACAAUUACCGCAACGUUCACCGAACAAGAGGAUAGAGAAUAUUCCUUCGAGCAUACGACGGGAAUGUCUCUGACCGUCGGCACCGAGCUUUCCGUCGGAGUUCCUGGCAUCGCCGAAGGAAAAAUAAGCAUGUCUGCCACGCAUAGCGAGGAGUUCAAAUGGGGCUCCACUACAAAGACGGGCAAAGGCACCGCGUACAAUUUCGCCGUGACUGCACCCCCCUGGACGUGUGUCACGGCGUACGCCACUAUGAACAAGUCUAAGAUGAGUGUGCCGUAUACCAUGACGCUCAAGUCGAAGAGCACGGGUUACAAGGUUGUUACUGAAGGGGUGUUCCACGGCGUGCACAUGUACGAUGCAACGUGCUCCUACACCGAGGAGAAGCUUAGCCACUAGAGUAUAGUUAUUGACGCCUAAGGCUUACAAUGUUCUCUUGCAAGGAUUAGGCGCAAAAUAUAUCCUUGCUAUAAACUGCUCCUGGAUUGUUACACUUCUUAUACACUCUCCUUUAUAGAACUGUAUUUCGCCCCUGACCUCUGGUCAUACUGCGAGUAAAUGAGAUGCUAUGCAGCCGAAGUGCAUAGUCGAUCAC